ACCGCUUGAUCCGCGCGCUGAUCACGAAGUACCGCUGCUACGAGGUGAAGACGAUCGGCGACUCGUUCAUGAUUGCGUGCAAGAGCGCGUUCGCGGCGGUGCGGCUGGUGCGGGAGCUGCAGCAGGUGUUCCUGCAGCACGACUGGGGGACGGGCGCGCUCGACGAGGCGUACCGCAAGUUCGAGGAGGGCAGGGCGGAGGAGGACGCGGAGGAGUACGUGCCGCCGACGGCGCGCCUGGACGCCGCGGUGUACCGGCAGCACUGGAACGGCCUGCGGGUGCGUGUCGGGGUGCACACCGGGCUGUGCGACAUCCGGCGCGACGAGGUGACGAAGGGGUACGACUACUACGGCGACACGGCGAACGUGGCGGCGCGCACGGAGGGCGUGGGGAACGGCGGGCAGGUGCUGCUGACGCGUGCGGCGUACUUGGCGCUGAGCACGGCUGAGCGGGGGCAGGUGGAGGUGAGCGCGCUGGGCGCGGUGGCGCUGCGCGGGGUGCCGAGGCCGGUGGAGAUGUACCAGCUGGACGCCGUGCCCGGUCGCACCUUCGCCGCGCUGCGGUGUGAGAAGGGCGAGGAGGCGGAUCUUGACGCCAGUGCCUGUGACAGUAAUGCCUCCGGUUUUACUCGCAACACGUGCUAUGACACAUCCGUUCGGUUUAUUUCGUGUUUGUUGAGCCCGUAUGCUCCCCGCCAGCGUGCCGGUGUUCUUGCGUCUCUCUGCGCGAGGUGGCGCGUGCAUGGGGUUGAGCGGGGGGCGAUGUCCUGCGAUGAGCACUGCAGCGCGCUGGUGGAGGUGCUCGCGCGUCGCGUCAGCCGUGUUUAUAGCCGAAGCGUGGAGCCGUGUGCGCCGGUUUCUUUUUUGCGGUCCGUCGCUUCGUCAACGGGAUCGGCGCGUGUGACGUGUGGGGGGCGGAGCGUUUGCUCCGUGUCGCAGGCUGCGCCGCCGUGCGUUCCCGGCCUGCAACCCAUUGCGUCCCCGAGCGGGUUUGCUGCUCAGGCGCCGCGGGAGUUGUGUGGGGGGCCCGCCGACGUGCGCCCAGCUGCGCUGCGGGGGGCUGGGCGGAGGGUGCGUAUCUCCCCUGUGUCCUCGGAGUCGGCUUCUGUGGGCUGA